AUGAGAUCUCAUUCUGUAAUAAUCUCUUUGAAUUCUCCAGCCAUUGUGACUGUUUUCUUUCUUAUGUUUUGUCCUUGGGGACUUUAUUCUUUACGUGAAUUUAUUCCAUUGUGGUUUUUAUAGUUGGUAAUAUUGUGCAUGCCAAGAAGCAGUCAUAAUAUUUCUGUCUUUUCCAGAAGUCGCUUACAGCACAUGAAACAACACAAUGAUACGGAAAACUCACAGUUUCUUCUCCUGGGACUUUCAGAAGACCCAGAACUGCAGCCCCUUAUAUAUAGGCUCUUCUUCUCCAUGUAUCUUGUGACCAUUUUGGGGAAUCUUGUCAUCAUCCUGGCCACGAUCUCAGACUUCCACUUGCACACAGCCAUGUACUUCUUCCUCUCCAACCUGUCCUUUGUGGACAUCUGCCUAACCUCCACUACCAUCCCAAAGAUGCUGGUGAACGUUUUAGCACACCACAACACCAUAACUUACGAAGGCUGCAUCAUGCAAAUAUAUUUUUUUGCAUUAUUUGUAGGGCUGGAUAACUUCCUCCUGGCUGUAAUGGCUUAUGACCGCUUUGUGGCCAUCUGUCACCCGCUGCGCUACACAAGCAUUAUGACACCUCAGCUCUGUGUGUCACUGGUUCUGGUAUCCUGGAUCACAAGUUCCUUGAAUUCUUCAUUACAAAGCUUCCUGGUGUUGCAGCUUUCCUACUGUGCUAAUGUGGAAAUUCCACAUUUUUUCUGUGAACUUAGCAUGUUGAUUCACCUUGCCUGCUCUGACACCUUUUUAAAUGAUAUGGUAAUGAAUGUUUUAGCUACAAUUCUGGGUGGUGGUUGUCUUGCUGGCAUCCUUUACUCUUAUGCCAAGAUAGUGUUCUCUAUAAGGGCAAUCUCCUCAGCACAGGGGAAGUACAAAGCCUUUUCCACCUGUGCAGCUCAUCUUUCUGUUGUCACCUUAUUCUAUUGUACUCUCCUGGGAGUGUACCUCAAUUCUGCUAUGACCCAAAGCUCACACUCCAUUGCAGUAGCUUCAUUGAUGUACACUGUAGUCACCCCCAUGCUGAACCCCUUCAUCUAUAGUCUGAGGAACAAGGACAUCAAGAGAGCUCUGAGGAAGAACUUUGUGAGAGAGAAAUUAGAAAAGUGAUUACUGUCUUGGGUCUUAAAUUUUGAAAUAAGAAUUUUCAGUUUAAGGGCUGAACAUUUUGAAAUCUCUUAUCCUCUGUCUCAUGAACAUGUACACCAAUCCCACUCCCAAGGCUGAUAGAUCAUUUUGGAAGAAGGGAUGUAAGAGUUUAAGAACCCGAGGCAGUGCCUGACUACAAGGGAACAUUGUCUUCUAGGCCCAGCAAGACAUCUGCACAUCUGCACUCACAGUAGUUUCAAUAUCAUGCCCCAAACCUGAAAAUCCGAGCCAGAACACACCCAGUCAUAGAGAGGAGAGGUGACACACAAUCCCACCCCAUUGAUGUAAUUAUUUUUAGCUGCUGGGAGAAGAGACUGCCUGCUCUAAGAAUGUAGACCCUGGUAAGUUGAUCACUUCCCACUAGAAGGCCAUACAUGCAAGAGUAUUUAAGUAGCACCAAUUAGUCUCAAAAGAUUUCAAAAUAAAAGGGCAAAAAUUUGAAUGGUUAUGGAAUGGGGAGGUAGAUCUGUGAAGAGCUGAAGAAGAGGGCUCAUAUGACCAAAACAUAUGAAACUCCCAAAGAGUUCAUCGAGGAGAGAACCUCUUUCUUGGUGAGAGGACAGGAGCAACUAUUAUGUUUAUGUACCUGCUGUUGUCUCCAUUCAUUGGACUUCAGAUUUCCUAUGAAGUAGACAGCUCACCUCUAAGCAUGCUGCUUCUCCCAGUACCUGAUUAGUUUUCCCUUUUACAGCUUUCAUACUUUCUCAAAGUUGCUUUAAGUCACAAGUAACACAUACUAAAAAUACACAUUUAUGUCAUAAGAUGUAAAUUUCUUUUUAAAAAUGUUUUAAAUUAGCAUAAAAGAUAUAUUAUGUCAUUUUCAAGCAAAGUAUGUCUUAGUAGAUUUCCCUUCUCCAUCUCCCCCACCCACUGUUACCUCUGCUAGACCCUGUAACCUCCCUCAGUCUCUCCCUCUUUUAUGGUGCAGGUGUCCUUUAACAUACCCCAUCUUUCCUCAUAAAGGUUUUUACCGUCUCUGGUUCUCCUUUCACUUAUGAGUAAUUUACAUUAACACUACAGAGUAUAAAAUUGUUUUUCUUGUGGUAUUACUAAAACAUAGUCUUGUGGUGUGCUUCUCCUCUGUGCUCCCUCCACUGAGGGUGGACUCACAUCUAACAAUGGAGGCCAUUUACAUAGCUGUAGAUGACACUGUGGUUGUUGUGCAGGCCCUUCCCGCCUUCUUGUAUUUAUUCCUGACUCUGCAUCUUCUAACAGACUUCUGUGCUUUGUAUCUCAGCAAAGAAUUUUCUUGUCUUCAUGGAAAUUUUGUUCUCUUUUUCAGUUCUGCAUCCACAACACCCAUCAUAAUUAUUGGGAGAAACCUAUUAUCAAAUGCAUAUAAUGAGAAAAACAAAUUUUUAGUGAAUUGAUUUCUUUUGCCUCUGAAUGGUAGUAGACCUUAUACACACUGAUAUAAACACAUGCAUCAUACGUUCAAUCACUAUGAAAACAUUUCCUUGUCAUACAAUAAAUAUAGUCAUUAAAAUAUAAAUGAAUUCUGCUAUGUUAAAAUAAGUACUCUUUGAAUACUAAUCGAUAGAUUUAAAAAAUAUUUAUCUGUGUCUAUGUGCAUGUGUGCAUGGGCUUGUGCACAUGACUGCAUGGGCCAAAGGCCAUAAGUUGGUUUCAGAUCUCCUGGAGCUGGAGUAAUGGGAAGUUGUGAGCCCCCUGAAUUUAGCACUGGAAACAAAACUCAGAUCCUUUGGAAGAGCAACAAGUGAUGUAAACUGCUGAGCCAUCUCUCAGCCCCUGCCUGACAUGUUUAUAUUAUAUUAUUAUUAUUAUUAAAGUUAACAUUUUAGUUUUUCUCUAGAACUUCCAUUUUCCCCAGAAACCUGAUUGCUGUAAAGUUCUAAGUAAAAUUUCCUCACUGUUCUAAAUCCUGCAGUUGUCAGUAGAGGGGCAAGGAAUGAACAAUUCAGUGUUAUUCAUUAUGUGUCUUCUUUGUGCUCACAAGUCACAUCUGUCUUCAUCUGUAAGAGAGCUUCAUUUCCCUUCCAGUCAUGCAGUUGUGGUUCACUAACUUUCCCAUACAAAUAUGAAAAUCCUUUAUUAUGGAAAUAACCUCCAUGUAGCAAUGUCCAAACAUGGAAUAUUGGACAUACUUACAAAAUAAAAGCUGAAUAUUACCUUUUGAUUCACAGAAAACUCCAAAGCAGCAUAUUACACAGUUGUCCUCAUGUCCAUUGGUUAUUAUAAGGGUUUGCUUUUGCUGCAGAACAAGAAUUGCUCAAAACA